UUCAAGGUGCUGGUCAUUAUCUAUAAUGUCUCAUAGGGCUAGAUUAUUUGUGGAACACCUCUCUCCCAUUGUUUCUCCCCAUCUCAUUAUCUGUAGUAGAGAGCGUAUUUUCCCAGUCCCUUCUAUUACAUAAUGUCGUCUUUAUGGAUCCUGGCUCCACCUGCCUUGUGGAAUAGCAUUCUCUGGAGAUUCAGAUUACUUCAACCUUGUUAGCCUUUUGCAAGGCAUUGAAGACCUGGCUGUUCCCCCAAGUAUUUGAGUCAAGAAGUAGAUGGGUUCUGUUGUUACUGAAUACCUGAAUGAUAGCAAUCAAGUCAUGUCUGCAUUACGUGGAGCUGUUCAUGCAAAAUGGAUAAUAGGGAAAGUAAUUGGAACCAAAAUACACCAGACAGCUAAAGUGAGAGUAACAAGGCUGAUACUGGACCCUUACUUAACAAAGUUCUACAAGAAGCGAAAAACAUACUUUGCUCAUGAUCCUCAGCAACAGUGCAUCGAGGGAGACAUUGUCCUUCUGAAAGCUUUGCCUGAACGAAAAAGCAAGAAUGUGAAACAUGAGCUUGCUGAGAUUGUGUACAAGGUUGGGAAAGUAAUUGAUCCCUUGACGGGGAAACCGUGUGCAGGCCAGAAGUUCCGGGAAAGUGUAGCUGACACAGAAAAUCUGACUGACAGAGAUACUAGCUUUCUUAGUGAAAAACUCCAAGAAUUAACCGUUUCUUCUCCAGACAAAUGAAAGGUUGGAAAAUAAUUUGGGACUUGUUUGCCUGUCUCAAGGAAAAGGUUUUAUUGAUAUAUGUAGGAAGCAUGAUUAAUAAUAAACUGAAGUUAGUGUGUACGUGCAAUAAAAUGUUACCAUUUGUUUUUAAA